AUGUUCAACAUUGCGCUCGCAAUUGCAAUUUUCCAUCUCCUGUCUGCGGUGUCCUUCAGCGUGGCGUACAGCCACCUGCCAACUGCCGUGCAGCUGGGCGGGGCCAUCGUGGCGGCCGUGGAGCAGGAUGCCGAGCAGGAAGCUGCCACCGAGGAGCACCAUCGAGUGCAACGUGAGUGGAUGCAGACUGCCGAGCUGCAGCUGCAGAAACUCCUCAACGACGAGUUGAGUGCCGAGGAGAUGGGCAAUAUGCUGGAUACGUGGAUUACCGAAGGUCGCGGCAAGCAUCAGCACAAGAAGCAGCAGAAGAAGCUAGCCAAAAUGCUGUAUCCCGUGCUAGCCGCCGCAGCUGUGGCCAAAAUCGUUCUGCUUCCCUUGGUCUUGAAGUGGCUGACGGCGCUGUCGACCUCAUCAUUCGUUAUGGGAAAAAUUGCAUUGGCCACCUCCGGUAUGCUGGCCUUAAAGUGGAUCCUGUCCAGCGGGCAUGCACGGGAUCGCCUGGAGAUUAUCCAUUCAUCGGUCCCAUCAAUCAAGGGCUUGCACACGGCCCACGCCGCUGAUGUUGCCCCCAGCGGCACCAGCUGGAUGCCCAUCCGGCCGCCCUACAUUCCUUUGGGUGUGACCAAGGAUGGCCCAACUUUUUACAAGCCAUUUUUAUAG